AUGGCGCAGCAGCCGGGUGGGUCCGACCCGGUGGGGAGCCAAGUGCGCUCAAGUUUGGGCGACUUGCGGUUCUAUGAGCGAAAAUUUCCUAACUUGGAGGAACUUGUGAUGGUUAAGGUCCAACGUAUUGCGGAGAUGGGGGCUUACGUGUCGCUCUUGGAGUACAACAACAUGGAAGGCAUGAUUCUUAUGUCAGAGCUGAGCAAAAGGCGUUUCAGGAGUGUCACGAAGCUUGUCAAAGUCGGAAGACUUGAAGCAGUCAUGGUGCUCAGAGUGGACGCUGUCAAGGGAUAUAUAGACCUUAGCAAGAGCAGAGUUUCUCCGGAGGAUAUCGUCAAGUGCGAGGAGCGAUAUUCGAAAGGGAAAAAGGUGCACCAAACAGUUCGUCACGUCGCUCUCAAACAUAAGCUGAGGGUCGACGAGCUUAAUGCUAAAGUCAUUUGGCCACUUUACGAAAAAUAUGGACAUGCGCUGGAUGCCCUUAAGGCAGCAGCUCUGGACCCUGACGAAGUGUUUGGAGGGUUAGAGGUUGCGGAGGACGUUAAGCAGUCGCUGAUCCAGGAUAUUCAGCUCAGACUCGCACCCCAGGCUCUCAAACUUAGGGCCCGAGUGGACGUAUGGUGCUUUGGCAAAGACGGUAUAGACGCAGUGAGAGCUGCUCUUAGCGCCGGGAAAGAAGUUAGCGAUGAAAAGGUUGAAAUAAUAGUCAAGUUGAUUGCGCCGCCGCAGUACGUGGUCGUCACCUCGUGCUUUGACAAGGAAAUGGGCAUGCAAAAGAUACAAGAGAUUAUGGUUAUGGGCACCGAGGAGGAGCGGCGCUUGGAGGAGUUGUUGCUUGACGAAUCGGACUCUGAGGAAUCCGAUGUCAGCAGCGAGGAAGACGAAGGGAUGGGGAGAGUGGAGGGCGACGUACCUCAAGACGAGGUCGAGGAGAAAGAAGGAGAUGAAGGAGUUGCUGCCGCUUGA